CGGUGAGCCGGAGGAGUCAGUCAGAGGGGCGAGCAGGAGCGAUUCCGUCGGCAAACAGGCUAUGAGUGCCAGGUGAGCCCCCCGUGACACAAGAAGCCUCAUUAGCACUUCAUUAGUGAUGGAUACUGAGAAGAAACCAGAGAAUGAGGAGGAUGAGAAUGUAGACAAAGAAGCAAAAGACCUGGGAGAUAUUUCAUCCCGUGAUGUAGAUUGUGGGCCUGUAGCCGAUGUGGUAGCAAAGUCAUCUGAGAAUUCCACAAGCAAAAGAGGUCUUUCAGAGUCAUCAAACUUGGUCAGUGUCGUUGUGGAGGAAGACGGAAAUAAACAUGCUUCCAAACGAAUGAAAUUAGCCGAGGCAGAGCCCCUUAAAUCUGAGGAGCAGUGUGUUCAUGGAUCAGAAACUUCUGCGAGCAGCGCAGCCCCAGAAGCUGGUAUCCCGUUAGACGGAACGGUGAAGGAACCCCUCCUGAAUGACUGCUCAGAUGGAAGCACGUGUCCUCCCAAUGCCUUCUCCUCUCCUUGCAGUUUUAGCGCUAUUGAUGCUGUUUCUCUGAAAACAGACACUGAAAAACAGUCUGCUCAGGAAAUGGUUUCCCUUUAUCCCGAAAGAGAAUCUCCUUUUCCUCUGAAAGAGAUGAGUGUUAGUUGUACCAUUGGAAAUGUAGACGCAGUUCUCAAGUGCAGCGUAUGUGAUCGUUUGUUUUCUUCUUGCUCUGAUUUGGAAAAGCAUGCUGAAUGUCACAUGCAACAGUCUAAGGAACAUGCCUGCUGCCACUGUAGCCACAAAGCAGAGAGCAGUGCAGCGCUGCACAUGCAUGUCAGACAGACACAUGGGCCACAGAAGGUCUUUUCUUGUGAUCUUUGUGGCUUUCAGUGUGUGGAAGAAAACCUGUUGAAUGCACAUUAUCUUGGCAAAACACAUCUCCGGCGUCAGAAUCUUGCUGCUCGUGGAGGAUUUGUACAGAUCUUAACAAAACAACCUUUUCCUAAGAAACCAUGCACCAUGGGAACAAAAAAUGUGCGUGCAAAACCUAGAGCUUCUAAACCAAUAGCAAAGAAUAGUGACUCAAAAGGAUUACAAAAUGUUGGAAGCAAAUUUAAAGAUUUCAGAGGAAGCAUUUCUAAACAGAGUGGAAGUAGCAGUGAACUCCUUGUUGAAAUGAUGCCUUCCAGGAAUGCUUCAUCAGAAAAAGGAGAGAUUGUUGAAGAAAAUGUAACCUCCCCUGGAAUAGCUCGAAAUCCUGAGAACCAGAGUAGAAACUUAGGAGCUUUAGGAACCUCAGAGGGUCUCGUAGAUAAAUUGGAAUCUACCAAAAAUAAUACGCUACAGACAACACAUGGAGUCAGCACAGUCUCGAGACUAAGACCUGAGCGCAGCAUUCUCCUGUUGGGUCAUGGCUUCCGACGACGUGGCGCUUUCGCCUUAAAAGGCCAGGCCAAAAAAAGGUUUAAUCUUUUAGGAAUUAAUAAAAGAGGGACUACUGAAACUCAGAGGAUGUAUAUGAAACACUUCGGAACACAGGUGAAAACCAGUGAUGCAGAGUCAACGCCUAAACACGUAGAAACAGGUGGCAGUGUCCACAGUCUGUGUGUGACUUCCUUGGAAACCCAGGACGAGAAGCAGGACAAAAGAAACUCCCACCUUCUGUGCUCCUUUGACUCUCUGACAGUGAGGCCAGCUUCUGACCAUCAGAUGCUGUGUACUUGUGCAGACUGUGGUCAGAUAGCUACAAGUAGGACAGAAUUGGAAAUCCACGUGAAAAGGUGCCGUACAAGAGAGGUGAAAUUUUACUGCCAGACAUGUGACUUUUCCAGUAUGUCGAGGAGGGACUUUGAUGAACAUUUGCACAAUAACCAGCAUCAGGAAACUGCCUCUGUCCUCAGUUGUCAGUGUUGUUCAUUUAUUUCCUUGAAUGAAAUAAAUCUUAGAGACCACAUGAAGGAAAAGCACAGUAUGGGUUUUCUUUGUACUUCUUGUAAUCUGUUCUUCCUGUCUGAGAAAGACAUGGAAGAACACAAAACAACUGAGAAACAUAUUCGCUUAUUUGUUCAACCAAAGACUUCUCAAUCACUUAACAAUGAUUUGGUUUUACAGACUUUACCUUUAAGUACUUUAGAAUCGGAAAACGCAAAAGUGAGUGAGUCAGGAAAAGCAGCUCAGGAAGAACCUGCUAAGUCCAAGGUAAACCAUGGAAGUGAAGUAAGGCAUUCCAGUAAGCCUCAGUUUCAAUGUAAGAAGUGUUUUUAUAAAACAAGGUCUUCCACUGUUCUCACAAGACACAUAAAGCUCCGGCAUGGGCAAGACUAUCACUUUCUUUGUAAAGCAUGUAAUCUUUAUUCAUUGAGCAAAGAAGGAAUGGAGAAACACAUUAAGAGAAGCAAGCAUCUUGAAAAUGCUAAGAAAAAUAAUAUUGGCUUAAGCUUUGAAGAAUGUAUUGAGAGGGUAUGUAUAGGUGCAAAUGACAAAAAAGAAGAGUUCAGCAUUUCCGGAAAUGGAAGGCUAGAAGGCCACGUAGAAGGUGUGCAAUUACAGGAGCAUUCCUGUCUUGAGAAGAGUAUACUAACUACCAAGGAACUGUCACAGUCUGGUAUAAUCACCAAAGAGGAUGAAUUAGCUUUGACCACUACAAAGAGAGGGAGACCUAAAGGUAACAUCUCACGGACAUGUUCGCAUUGUGGUCUUUUGGCCUCUAGUAUUACGAACUUGACUGUUCACAUUAGACGAAAACACAGUCACCAAUAUAGUUAUUUAUGCAAAGUGUGUAAAUAUUAUACCGUAACUAAGGGAGAUAUGGAGCGUCACUGUGCCACCAAGAAACAUAAAGGGCGGGUAGAAAUAGAAGCAAAUGGAAAACAAAGUUCAGAUAUCAUUGUUGGCCCUGAAGUGGGUAACUUUGAAGCCUGUAGAAAGAACACCAAUUCAGCUGUGACUGUCUCAGAUGAACAUGCUAACAAGUCAGCUGACUCAGAUGCCUCCAUUCCAGAAAAGCCUAUAGUACAGCAUGGAAAUCCAGUUGAAGUUGAAGUCGAAAAUGUAUUUCAUUCCAUUGAUGGAGAAGUUAACAGUCACCUUAUUGAUAAAAAGGAACAAAUCUGUCUAGAACCAGAGGACCUUAUCCAACAGGGGGAUGCACACUCCCAGAGAGAUGUUACGGACACAAGUGAUAAUAAAUGUACACACUGUGAGUUUAACGCUCACUCUUCUGCUUCUCUAGAACUGCACAUAAAACGGAAACAUACAAAAGAGUUUGCAUUUUAUUGCAUGGCAUGUGAUUACUAUGCUGUGACUCGUCGGGAGAUGACUAGGCAUGCAGCAACAGAAAAGCACAAGAUGAAAAGACAGUCUUACCGGAACUCUUCUAACGUAGAAGCAAAUUCUGCAGAAAUGUCCAAAAACGUCAUUAUAGCUGAAGAGCAACAUCAACAAAAUUCUGAAGAAUUUCAAAUAACUUCAGACCAACAUUCUGAAAUUCUUAAAUCUAGAAAUACUGCUGAGUGUUCUAUUUUGGAUGAGAGCACUAAUUUGGAUAUGUCUAAAGUACUCUCUGCUCCUGACUCUGUGGAAGUUGAGACUGAAGAAGAAUGUAAUCUCAGUGAAGAUCAUUCCUUUUGUGAAACUUUCCAACAGCCCCUUGCCAAGGAUAAAGUUAGGAAACCUGACGAGAUGGUGUCCCUUAAUAUUUCCUCUAAUUAUGACUCCCCAAGCAAAUUUCAGAAUGAAAAUUCAGGAAGCUCAGCUUUCAGUUAUGAGACAGCAAAGAAAAACCACCGUGUGUUGAAUGACAUCGUUGAUCAAAAUAUUCAUUGUGAGAACGAUGGAGGAAGUGUAGGAGGUAAUGUGGAUAAGGUCCUUAGCAAACAUGUAUGUGCUGGAGUUCUAGGUGGAGAGCAUUCAGCUGAAAGCACCGUCCCUGUUGUGAUGGGAAUGACUAGAGAACAGCUAAACCUGGAGAGCAGUGGUCAAGGCAGAGUUGGAAGUGUGCAGAGUUCAGAGGGUUUGAAAGAUAGGCAAGAAGAUCCUGUUCUGGAGAAUAAGGAAAUUCUGAUGAAUUCCCAACAUGAAACUAAAAUUAUUUUGGAGGAGGAUGGUCCAGCUUCUGAUAGCACAGUUGAAAGUAAUGAUGUUUAUGAAACUGUAAUUAGUAUUGAUGAUAAAGGACAGGCCACGUACAGUUUUGGCCGGUUUGAUUCUUCCAUAAUAAGAAUAAAGAACCCUGAAGAUGGUGAAUUGAUAGAUCAGUCUGAAGAGGGUCUGAUAGCAACAGGAGUGAGAAUUAGUGAGUUGCCCUCAAAAGACUGUGCUCAAGGUAUGAAAAAGAAGAAAUCUGAAGGUAGUUCCUUUGGUGAAUCCACACGAAUCCGUUGUGAUGAUUGUGGCUUCUUAGCAGAUGGUUUGAGUGGACUGAAUGUUCACAUAGCCAUGAAGCAUCCUACAAAAGAGAAACACUUUCAUUGUUUACUAUGUGGAAAAUCAUUCUAUACAGAGAGCAACCUUCAUCAGCAUUUGGCUAGUGCUGGUCACAUGAGAAAUGAACAGGCCAGCGUAGAAGAGCUUCCAGAGGGAGGGGCCACCUUUAAAUGUGUCAAGUGUACAGAGCCCUUUGAUUCUGAACAGAAUUUAUUUCUGCAUAUUAAAGGGCAGCAUGAGGAACUGCUGCGGGAGGUGAAUAAGUACAUAGUGGAAGACACUGAGCAAAUCAACCGAGAGAGAGAGGAAAAUCAGGGAAACGUUUGCAAGUAUUGUGGGAAGAUGUGUCGAAGUAGCAAUUCCAUGGCAUUUCUAGCCCACAUUCGCACUCAUACAGGAUCAAAACCAUUCAAGUGCAAGAUAUGCCAUUUUGCAACAGCUCAGCUUGGCGAUGCCAGAAACCAUGUCAAAAGGCACCUUGGGAUGAGGGAAUACAAGUGUCAUGUCUGUGGGGUUGCUUUUGUAAUGAAGAAGCACUUAAAUACUCAUCUACUAGGCAAACAUGGAGUUGGCACCCCAAAAGAAAGGAAAUUUACGUGCCACUUAUGUGACAGAAGUUUCACAGAGAAGUGGGCCCUGAACAACCACAUGAAACUCCACACGGGAGAAAAGCCAUUUAAGUGUACCUGGCCCACGUGCCAUUACUCAUUCCUCACGGCCUCCGCCAUGAAAGACCACUACAGGACGCACACAGGCGAGAAGUCGUUCCUGUGCGACCUCUGUGGCUUUGCCGGCGGGACGCGGCACGCCCUCACCAAACACCGCCGGCAGCACACAGGAGAAAAACCUUUCAAGUGUGAUGAGUGUAACUUUGCUUCUACAACCCAGUCUCAUCUGACUCGGCAUAAACGGGUACACACCGGAGAGAAGCCCUACAGAUGCCCCUGGUGCGACUACAGGUCAAACUGUGCUGAAAACAUCCGCAAACACAUUUUACAUACUGGCAAACACGAGGGGGUCAAGAUGUACAACUGCCCCAAGUGUGACUAUGGAACCAACGUCCCUGUGGAAUUCCGCAACCACUUGAAAGAACAGCAUCCUGACAUCGAAAACCCUGACCUGGCUUACUUGCAUGCUGGCAUUGUUUCCAAGUCCUAUGAAUGCCGUCUGAAGGGCCAAGGAGCCACCUUCGUGGAGACGGACAGCCCCUUCACCGCGGCCGCGCUGGCAGAGGAGUCUCCCGUCAGAGAGAGGCCCCUGAGGAGCAGCAGAAGGCAGGCGGCGCCCGAGCAGGUGCAGCAGGUCAUCAUCAUCCAGGGCUACGAUGGGGAGUUUGCCCUCGACGCCUCGGUGGAGGAGACCGCUGCGGCCACACUGCAGACGCUGGCGCUGGCGGGCCAGGUGGCCCGGGUGGUGCACAUCACGGAAGACGGGCAGGUCAUCACCGCGAGUCAGAGCGGGGCACACGUGGGCAGCGUGGUGCCCGGGCCGGUUCUGCCAGAACAGUUGGCGGACGGAGCCACCCAGGUGGUGGUCGUGGGGGGCUCGAUGGAAGGCCACGGCGUGGACGAACCCCUGAGCCCAGGUGGUGCCAUGAUACAGCAGGUGACCAAGCAGGAGAUUUUAGAUCUCGCCGAGGCCAGCGUCCCCCCGCCCGAUGCGGCCUCCGCCCUGGACGCACUGCUGUGUGCGGUCACCGAGUUGGGAGGGGCGGAAGGCAGGGCUGGGCCCGAAGAGAAAGGCAGAUCUGGCCACAAGGACGUGCUGGUCCAGCUGCCCAGUCAGGAGGUGCCCCACGCUGCUGCCCAGCCUGAGGCCCCCGAGAUCCAUAUGUUCCAAGACGUUCAGGAGGCCCCCGCCGCCAUGGGGCCCAUGGAGGUGCUGACCGAGGUGGUUCGUCCCUCAGCCGUCGUUGCCUCGCAGGAGCACGCUCAGGUGGCCUUCAAGAAGGUGGUCCAGGGGGUACUCCAGUUCGCUGUCUGUGACUCGGCUGCAGCCGGCCAGCUCAUGAAGGAAGGCGUCACCCAGGUCAUUGUGAAUGAAGAGGGGACCGUCCACAUGCUGGCCAGAGAAGGCUCUCAGAUCAUCAUGCAGGAGGCGGAGGCCCACGGCCCGCACGUGGAUCUGGCCGAGUCGGACGGGGAGAUUUCGCAGAUCAUCGUGACUGAGGAGCUAGUCCAAGCCAUGGUCCAGGAGUCUAGCGGCAGCUUUCCUGAGGGUGCGACUCAUUAUAUUGUGACAGAACUGCCCCCGGGGGUGCAAGAUGAGACGGCUAUGUACUCCCACACUGUGAUAGAGACGUCAGACUCGCAGGAGAUCCUGCAGGCCGGGGCUGCACUCAGCGCGGAGGCCAUGGUCCCGAAUGGAACCGAGCAGUUGACAAGUAUGGUCAUUUACACCCAGGAGGGCUCCCCAGCGGCAACAGUAAUUCAGAGCCAAAGAGAGGGUAACGAACUCCAAGAAGCCUAAAGCAUGGAUCUUUACGCUCAGCACAGGGCAGAUGUGGGAAGAUCCAGCUCACGUGGGCACAGUGUUUCCUGAACUUCAUUGGCA